GGCCCAGGGCGGCUCGGAGCACAGCGCCGCGCGCCAGGAACCCUGUCCGAUGUGAUCAUUAACCUCUCCGAGCGCGCAGCUGGCAGCGGAGCUUGUCAUAGGAUGUGAGCACAGCCGCAGGGACACUGCGCAGGCUGCUGACAGACUCUGGGGUUCACCUUGAGAGCUGGUGCUCCCCUCGCGCGUGGCAGAAAAAUGAGAUUCCGGCAACUUUUUUGUGUACUUUUAAUUUUUCUGACGAGUCUCCUCCUUAGCAACGGACAGAGACCAGCUAAUCUGGUGCUGAGAAGAAAGCUGCACAGGCACAACUGCCUUCAGCGGAGAUGCAUGCCGCUCCACUCCCGGGUGCCCUUCCCCUGAGAGCCUGCAGCGGGUGGCCUGAGCCUGCAGGAGCGAAGGACGAGCUCACCUCUCCCGCAUGGCCCUCACUGCGACAUCCGCCUGACUGCCCGGACCUGACCGACCAAAGACCCUGGGGAGGGUUUGAGUUCACAGACCGACUCCUGCCUGCUUCUUAUUUUUGUUUUUUGUUUUUCUAAAAGGAAAAUAACAUAAAUUGAAAAGUGAA